AUGGGAAGAAAAGCUAAGGACAAACAAUCAGCGCCUCCUUCUUAUGAGGAAUUUCACGGCAUUCAGAAGGAGAGAAACUCCAAACGUUCUAGACGGGCUAAAGCUAUAGAAAACUCAGCUUCAAAGAAACCGAAGAAGGAAACUUCCCCAAGUCCUAAAAAGAAAUCUACGAAGGUCACCAGAGAUAAUUUAGACAUUGAGGAAGAUGAUCAAGAUCUUCCACAUGUUGACUUAGAGGAGUUGAAUGCUGCAAAGAAAUCCUUAUUUGAGGAUUCUGCUGAAGAAGAUGAUGAUGACUUCCAAGAUGCGCUUGAUGCAGAUGAGUUUGUGGACUCUGAUGAAGAUGAAAGAGAGAAGCCAAUGUUUUCCGAUGACGAAGAUGAUGACUUGGAGGAAUUGAAUGCUACUAACAUGGAGGCUUUGUCUCGUAAAUUGGAUGAAGAGCAAGAAUUGGAAGCUUUGGAGGCAGAAGAAGAGCUUGUUCAAACUAAUGUUCCAGAACCCCGAGCCAUCGUUCUUCCAACACCUGAGGAAAAGGAAUUAGAAGCGAGUCAACCACCGGAUUUGACCGUUGUGAGGACUAGAAUGAUAGAAAUUGUGAAGGUUUUAGAGAAGUUUAAGAUACUAGCUCAAGAGGGAAAGAGUAGAUCGCAGUAUGUGGAUCAACUUCUCGAAGACAUAUGCACCUAUUUUGGGUACACACCAUUCUUGGCUGAAAAAUUAUUUAAUUUAUUCUCUCCAUCGGAAGCAAUUGAGUUUUUUGAGGCCAACGAGAUUGCCAGACCCGUCACAGUUAGAACUAACACUCUUAAGGCUCGUCGUAGAGAUCUUGCUCAAAAGCUGGUUAAUAAGGGUGUCAACUUACAACCCAUUGGAAAGUGGACCAAAGUUGGCCUGCAAAUUUUUGACUCUCAAGUUCCAAUUGGUGCCACCCCUGAAUAUCUUGCCGGACAUUACAUUUUACAAGCAGCUUCAUCGUUUCUUCCCGUCAUGGCCUUGGAUCCCCAAGAGAACGAACGUAUCUUAGAUAUGGCAGCUGCUCCUGGAGGAAAGACAACAUUUAUUUCUGCCAUGAUGAAAAACACUGGUUGCGUAUUCGCCAACGACUCAAACAAAGCAAGAACGAAGUCUUUAAUUGCCAAUAUUCAUCGUCUUGGGUGUAGGAAUACUGUCGUGUCCAAUUAUGAUGCUAGGGAAUUUCCUAAAGUUAUUGGCGGCUUUGAUAGGGUUCUUUUAGAUGCUCCAUGCUCUGGCACUGGUGUCAUCGCCAAAGACUCCAAUGUCAAAGUUGCUAGAACCGAAAAGGACUUUAUACAGAUUCCUUAUUUGCAAAGGCAACUUUUACUAUCAGCAAUUGAUUCGGUCAAUGCUAACUCUCGUUCUGGAGGUAUCAUUGUGUAUUCUACCUGCUCUGUUGCUGUAGAAGAAAACGAAGCAGUUGUUAACUAUGCUCUGAAAAAGAGACCAAAUGUGAGGUUAGUUGACACAGGACUCACGAUAGGUAAACCUGGUUUUACGUCCUACAGAGGCAUGAAAUAUCAUCCCUCUGUAAAUCUUACGAGAAGAUAUUAUCCUCAUACUUAUAAUGUGGAUGGAUUUUUCGUAGCCAAAUUCAAAAAAAUUCAUUCCUCCAUUCAUGAUGAGUCUAAGGCAGGUGCCAAGGAGAAGGAAGCAGCUGCGCGUUCAGAAGGUGCUGAGAAAGGCAUUAUCAAAGACGACUUUGCUCACUUUGACUCGGAUGAAGAUAAGGAGCUAAUAGAAACUUCCUUCAAGAGAAAUCUGAAGAGGAGAGGAAUCAAUCCUAAUGCAAAGAAUAUACAACUAUGA